AUGUCAGAAAAUACGCCAUCGCAUUUUAACCAGCAACGAGGCAAUCCAGGGCCUGGUUUCCAUCCGGAGCAGCGUUUCACCCCAAGACAGCCAGGUAGCCAGGCGGUUUCAAGGGAACUUCCGUUUUUCAAUGGUACUCCGGAAGAAUGGCCGUUGUUCUACUCAACGUUUAUGACAACGACCAACCUGUGUGGUUACACACCGGAGGAAAAUCUUAUUCGGUUACAAAAAUGUCUGAAAGGAAAGGCAUACGAUGCAGUUAAAUGCAGACUAAUGCAUCCAGCGAACGUUUCGGGUAUUCUUUCCACCUUGAAGAUGUUAUUUGGGAACCCUGAAGUUAUCGUCCAUAAUCUGAUAAGCAAGAUCCACUCGACGCCUGCUCCGAAAGUUGACCAGCUGGAUACGAUCAUCGAAUUCUCUCUUGCCGUGCAGAACCUGUGUGCGACGAUCGAAGCCUGCCAGCUGGAAGAAUAUUCAUAUAACGUGGCCCUGCUGCACGAACUGGUGGAUAAACUACCUUCGUCGUUCAAGAUAGAAUGGGCGAAAUACCGUCGUAAUCUACCACGUGUACACCUAGCAGCGUUUUCGAAAUGGUUAUACGAGUUGGCAGAAAUAGUCUGUCCGAUUGCAAGCCUGCAAUUGGGGGAAACCAAACCGGCCCGAAGCAGCAGAAAAAAUACUGCUUUCCUCAAUGCGCACAACCAGGAAACAUCCGAUGAUCCUGUGGGCAAGCCGCGUCAACAGGUCACCACUGAGCGACCUGCCAAGACAUGUGUUGUUUGCAAAGGAAGUUGCUCCCAUCUGGAGAAUGGGAGAAUGGGCAGUAGUGAAGGAGUUUGCGGGAAGAAUGGGUGCACCUUCAAACACCAUCAACUUCUUCACAAUAUCCAGCGCGAUGGGACCGCCACAAGUAGUUCCAACGCUCCGGGAACGACUGCUGCUAAAGUUGCUCAAAACACUUCGGUUCGCGAGUGCAACGCUCAUCACAAGUCCGCUAACAAGGGGCUAUUUCGAGUCGCUCCAGUCGUCAUCCAUGAUCCGAGUAAGUCCAUUAAGACGUUCGCCUUCCUCGACGAUGGAUCAUCGCUCACCCUAGUGGAUUCAUCGCUGGUGCAAGAGUUGAAGUUGCAAGGAGAAACCAUACCCUUGUGCCUCAAGUGGACAGGCAACAAGCGGCGGAUGGAGAACGACUCUAUGAAGCUGGACCUCGAGAUUUCCGGGACAGGAGAAGUUCAGAAGAAAUAUCGAAUUACAGGAGCUCAUACCGUCGCCAGCCUUGAUCUAUUCCAUCAGACGGUAGAUAUGCAAAAGCUUAGCGAUCAGUACCCGUAUCUGCAGGGCAUCCCGAUCGAAUCCUACAAAAACGUACAGCCUCGACUGUUGAUUGGGAUCGACAACGCAAAUCUCACUUUUCCACUCAAAGGAAGGGAGGGGAAAAUGCAUGAACCAAUAGCAACGAAGACACGUCUCGGUUGGAUUAUUCACGGAGGAAGUGAAACGAUAGACGCUCUAGUAGGGUAUCAUCGCCAUAGUGUACAGCCGUGCCCAUGUAGCGAACAAUCCGAUGAAAUGUUGCAGCAAGCCGUCCGUGAUUACUUUUCAUUGGAUAGCCUAGGAGUAUACAAAUCGGAGAAGCGUUUAGUCUCUAGCGAAGAGCAGCGUGCGCAAGAAAUCCUGCAGUCACUUGUCCAGACAAAUACCGGCCGAUACGAGGUUAGUUUGUUAUGGAAAUUCGACAAGGUUCGCCUACCAAACAGCAAACCAACGGCGCUGCGACGUUUCCACUGCUUGGAGGCGAGAAUGAAGAAACAGCCGGAGUUAUCCAACGUUUUGCGGGCGAAAAUUGAGGAUUAUCUGCGAAAGGGAUACAUUAGAAAGCUUUCCCAGGAGGAACUGCGCACUUCCCAUGAACGGGUGUGGUAUCUUCCGUUAUUUCCUGUAUUCAACCCGAACAAACCCGGGAAGGUAAGAAUCGUGUGGGAUGCAGCAGCCAAAACAAAUGGCGUUUCUCUGAACUCAAUGCUCAUGACAGGACCGGACUUGCUUACGCCUCUGGACUAUGUACUCUAUCGGUUCCGUGAAUUCCGGGUGGGGCUCAGCGGCGACGUGAAGGAGAUGUACUUGCAGGUACUGAUGUCCGAGAAAGAUCAACAUUGCCUCAGAGUGCUAUGGUCCGACGACUCUUCCGGUGAACCAGACGUCUACGUGACUCAAGUGAUGCCGUUUGGUACCUGCUGCUCACCUAGUUGCGCGCAAUUUGUAAAGAAUCUCAAUGCGCGCAGGUUCGAAACGAAAUUCCCUGCAGCCACACAAGCGAUUAUCAAGCAGCAUUAUGUGGACGACAUGCUGGUAAGCGUCGAAACGGAACAGGAAGCUAUCCAACUCGCCAGGGACGUGAAAUUCGUGCACGCACAAGCUGGAUUCGACAUGCGAAAUUGGAUUUCCAAUUCGCCGGCAGUUGUAGAGGCGAUGAAGGAAGACAAAACAGCCGAGAAGAGCUUGAAUCUCGCAGUGGAGUUGGGGACAGAGAAGAUUCUGGGAAUGUGGUGGUGCACAUCUACCGAUACGUUCAUCUACAAGCUCUCGUCAAAGCACGACCGAGAGCUUCUCGAAGGUCAACGAAAACCGACGAAACGCGAAGUUCUACGGACGUUAAUGGCUAUCUUCGACCCGCUUGGCCUGAUAUCGAACGUGCUAAUCUAUUUGAAGAUCCUGUUCCGAGAGAUUUGGCGCGCAGGCAUCGGUUGGGAUGACCUAAUACCUGAAAGCCUCAACGAAAAGUGGGAGAAAUGGUUGGAUAUCCUACCGAAGGUUCAGAAUGUCAGUAUACCCCGUGGUUAUCGCUCCCUGACGCAGCUCGGUCCGCAAACCAAUAUCCAACUGCAUACCUUCGUCGACGCUAGUCUGUCGGGCUUCGCAGCUGUCACCUAUCUACGCUUUGAGCAAGGUAGCACAGUGGAAUGUGCUAUAGUUGGGGCUAAAACUCGAGUGACUCCCCUCAAAUUCUUGUCCAUUCCGAGGUUGGAGUUACAGGCUGCCGUUAUUGGAGUAAGGUUGGCGGAUAGGAUCAUGAAGUCGCUAUCGUUCAAGGUUCAUAAGCGAUUCUUCUGGACGGAUUCCCGUGACGUUUUGUGCUGGAUUCAAUCAGAUCAUCGACGGUAUUCGCAAUUCGUUGCAUUCCGCAUCAGCGAAAUCCUGGAAACAACAGAAGCAGCAGACUGGGGGUACAAGCGGUCGAAAGAGAACGUCGCGGACGAUGCAACGAAGUGGCAGGGAGUGCCAGACCUCACCGAGAACAGUAGAUGGUUCAAAGGCCCUAGCUUUUUAUGGGAAUUUCGCAGCAACUGGCCAUCCAAUCCGUACCGAGAGGAUACUACCGACGAAGAACUUCGAGCAAACAUCUUCUACCACCAGGCAAAACCUGCGCCAAUGAUAAACGUUGAGGAUUACUCGUCGUGGAAGCGCUUGUUGCGCGCAACCGCCACUGCACUGAGAGCCGCUCACAACAUUCGCCAGAAUUCGGAGAACGGGAAACGGAUCACUGGCCCACUGUCUGCUGAGCUUCAACAAGCCACUAUCUACCUGUAUCGACUAGCUCAAGUGGAUGCUUUCCCAGACGAGAUAGGAAUUCUCAGCGCAGGAUCUGAGGAAAAGACGUUGUCGAAAUCAAGCUCAAUCCACAAAUUCAAUCCGUUCUUGGAUGAGCAGAAGGUACUGCGAAUGCAUGGAAGAAUCAGCGCGUGUGAAUAUGCUUCGAUGGAUGCUAGGAAUCCGAUUAUCCUCCCAAGAGAUCAUCACGUCACAUGGCUGAUAUUCCAGGAUUUUCACGAACGUUAUCAUCAUCAAAAUCACUCGACUGUCAUAAAUGAGUUGCGGCAGACUUUCCGGAUUCCGAGAAUCAGACGACUUUUCCAGGGAGUCAGAACGAAAUGCCAGGAGUGCAAAAUUCAAAGGGCUACUCCACGUCCGCCUCCGAUGGCUGAUCUUCCUGCGGCAAGGCUGGCGGCAUUCACCAGACCGUUCUCGUUCAUCGGAAUUGAUUAUUUCGGUCCUAUGUUAGUGGUGGUAGGGCGUCGACCUGAAAAGCGAUGGGGUGUGCUUAUAACGUGCUUGACUAUACGGGCGGUACACAUUGAAAUCGCACAUUCGCUCAGUGCGAAUUCGUGCAUUCUGGCAUUGAGGAACUUCAUGGCACGGCGAGGCGUACCAAUACAAAUAUUAUCCGAUCGUGGUACAAAUUUUACAGCGGCGAGCAAAGAAAUAAAAGCAACAUAUAACGAGCUUGAGGUGGCACUCAAGAAGAUGGAUCAAGCGGAGGUUAUUAGAGAAAUCACCAGUCCAGAGACGGAAUGGAAGUUCCUACCUCCAGCGUCUCCUCAUAUGGGAGGAUCCUGGGAAAGACUGAUUCAGUCAGUGAAGAGGAAUCUAACGGCGAUGAAACCAGGGCGGAAUCCAACGGAUGAAACUCUUCGAAACAUGCUGACAGAGGUAGAAAAUGUCAUCAACUCCCGUCCGUUAACCUACGUGCCGAUAGAAGAUCCUGAAGCCCCAGUUCUCACACCCAACCACUUCUUGUUGGGUUCUUCAAGUGGUCUUAAGCCGGCCACGAUCUUCGACGACAGUGCAGUGGUUCUUCGACGAUCCUGGUGCAUAUCACAGGUCGAAACGAACAUCUUCUGGAAACGAUGGGUGCGUGACUACCUGCCGGACCUCACGAAGAGGACGAAGUGGUUUGACGAGGUCAAGCCAAUUGAGGUGAACGACAUAGUGGUGGUGGUCGAUCCAGGACUGCCAAGAAAUUGUUGGCCCAAAGGACGGGUAAUUUCAGUAAACAAGAGCAAAGAUGGGCAGGUAAGGUCGGCGGCAGUACAGACCCAGGCGGGCAUUUAUGAGCGACCAGCGACGAAGCUUGCGAUUCUUGAGGUACGACGCGAUGAGGAGGUAAGCCAGGGGUCUGGCAUACCUGGGGGGGACUGUCACGACCCCUUGGUCGGCGCGUCUCACCUUGAGAUAUGA